UCUCCUUCUUUCAGUUCUGUGAAAGGGUCAGCAGCUUUAUUUUAAUGUUGCGAAUCAAAACACUAAAUUAGAGCCCAUCAUCCAUUGCUUAGUGGGCUGAUCUGAUUCAAUAAGAAAAAAGGCGUCAAUUCCUGAAGUAGGCCUCCCUUAUCCCCAUUCAACAAGACAAGAAAAUUCUCUCUCCUUUGUUGUUCCCCUUCGAGUCUUGAUCCUUCUCUCUCCCCUGUUUCUCUGCAAAAUAAACACGAUAUAAAUAAAAAUCCCAUUCCAAUCAUCACAGUUUCUCUUAAAUCACAGCCCAGACAGGUGUGUGCUAAUGGUGAAAUCAAAGCAAAGGCAGUUAGCAGCUAAUAAUUCAAACAAGAAAAAUACUCAAGGUGGCCGCUUGGACUCUUCAAACCCCAACAUUGAGUUGGACCUGCUUGGAGAAGAUGGUUGGGUUAUAGUUAAAAAGCAGAGAGUCACCAUUCUUCUACCUCCAUUACCUGCAUCUAAGAAAUCAAAAAUGGCAAAUCAGAGACCUGGUCAACUAGAAGCCAAGCCUCAAAAAAAAGUGGAGGACCAAUCAAAGCUCUCUGUUCAAAUGUCUCCCAAGUUACCGUCUGAGGCUGGACGAGAGAAGUCCACUUCAUUGGCUCAUAAAAAUUGUAUUGAAAUUGCUAGAAGGUCUCCUGCUCAGUAUAUUUCAACUUCCGCCAAGUCUCCAUCUCUAGGUCUUAGAGUGGAGUCAGAGAAUCCAGGUCGGGUGUUUUCUUUAAAAUCUCAUAAAAUACAUGGAGUGCCUGAAGCCUCAAAAACUAUCAAGAGGCCAAGAUCAAUGCAUUGCCCUAAUGUCCCAUUUUCUGGGAGCAUAUUACUGAACCGAAGGCUGAGGGUGUCAAAUCUUGAGAGGAAGCUUCAACAGGCUGGUGGGUUGAGCAGGUGGCUGACAUCUCUAGGAUUAGGUCAGUUUGUAAGGAUUUUUCAGGCCAAAAGUAUCAAUAAAUUUCAGUUGGUGAAUCUAAAUAUGCAAAAGCUUAAGGAUAUGGGUGCAGAUGCAGUUGGUCCUAGGAGAAAACUGAUCCAUGCUAUUGACUGUGUCUGUCAGCCGUUUCGCGUCGAGGCCUCAUAAAUGUUCCUGGAGCUAGUUGCAAUUGCUGAAUUAGAAGGGAGAAAUUGAAGAAUAGAGCAGGUUUAUAUUUUUAGUUGUUGUAGAUAUUCAGUUUCUGAACACAGCAAGACACGAGUGAGUGAGAUCUCAGAUUGUUGUUACCUUCUGACGGAUGCAUGUAUUUUAAGGCGGUUACUUGGGUUA